GCCUAGGUGAGGCGGCCUAGGUGAGCUUGAGCAGCUCCCCCUUUUCUUGCUCCUGCCAUGCUGCCGGCCGCUCUGAGGAAGUGGUUGAAUCGGCCUAAGAGGUCAGAUCCUCGGCUGCUGGCUCAAUUUUUCUUUGCUGAUGAACGGGUGACACAAGUGGUAACCGAAAUCAUCUGCCUUGAUAUACAGGAAGACCCUCAGCACUAUCUGGUGCUGCUGAAUCAACUUCAUGCCAGCCAGGAGCAGCUACUGGCAGUAAUGGAGCAGAUAAUGGAGGAGACUCUGUCUGGUGAUCGAAGGCCCCGGGACUAUGUGGCCAAGUUCCCAGAGGAGCUGCUGGGAGUGAGCCUAGGGUCCCAUGUGCUCUUUGCUGCUGAGUGCCUGGUGGCUGGCUCCUUUGUGGAAGCAGAUGAGCGUGCCCAGCAGCUGCUCCAACCUUUAGCCCGGGACCUGCUGCUGAGCCUGGAGCAGGCUCGGGCCCUCCUGCGGGAGCAGAGUCUCAGCCGCCCUGGGCCCUGUUCCGAGUCUCUGCGUUCUGCUCUGCGGCGUUUUGACAACCUCUUUGCCGACUUUGAGUUCAACUAUGUGGCAAUGGUAGCCCCUGUGAAGUCCCCAGAGGAGCUUGAGCAGCAGCAGGAAGUGGCUGUUCUUUUCUGUGAGACAGUAGCCAGGGCCCUGGAAUGUGGCUACCUAACCCAGGAGAUGAUUGACAGCUAUGACCCUAGUCUCAUGUUGACCAUACCUCGCCUGGCUAUUAUCAGUGGCCUUCUCCUUCACCCUGAGGGCCCUCUGAGCCUGAAUCCACCUGAUGCUACAGCUUAUGUCUUCAGUCCCUUUCAAAGUCUUUUGCAGAAGAUCCAGGCCUUAUUGGUAGUAUUAUCAGCUGAUGAGCUCUUCAUACUCGAACGGAGCCUGUGUAUGGCAGAUACCCCAUGGGAGGCGAUGGACAAUCCCAGACAAGAGAGCUCAGUAGCUAACACUUCUUGUCAGCCUGGGGUCAGGACCCUACAACCUGCCCUACAUGUGCCCUUCAAGCAGAAUCCAACUUGUCCAGAUCAGGGAUUAAAAGCAUCAAGUGAGAGUCUGGGAAGCAAGCCAGGUACUUCUUUCCUGUGGACUGACUCUGGAGAUGCUGCCUGCCCCUUGCUGUUACAAGUACCCACUAAAGCUGAGUCCCCAGGCACUGUCCAGCAUUCAAGAGAGCCAGGGAGACAAGAGCCCAGAAGAUACAAUGUCCACCAAGAUGUUGGGCAAGACCAGCUGGCGACUGCCAGGUCUUUGCAGGCAGAGAUGGGCUGGGCACUCCGGACCAGCUAUUCGAGCCCUCAGAACAUGCUCCACUCUCUCUUUGUCUGUAUCUCAGGUGUAGCUGACCAGUUGCAGACCAACUUUGCCAGCGAACUCCGAGCCAUUCUGCAUAUGGUGUUCCAGGUGGUGGUAUCUAAGUCUGGGCCAGAGGAAGAAACAGAGGAAGGAGGGUGUGGGUUGGCUACCCCUCUGGCAGACUGCACCCUGUGUGGUGAAUAUGGCCAAGAAGCUAUGGCGUCCAAAGGAGACAGCUCACAGACCAUCUCCUCAUUUGCCUCUCAGAGCCUCCUGCCUGGGUCCCAGACCAUGCCUGUUUUCAUUGCACUGCAUGCCAGACUCCCUUUAGCCUCACUCGCCGAAGGCACCACUGCCGGAACUGUGGGAAGAUCUUCUGCUCACGGUGUUCCUCCAAAUCCGUGCCUCUGCCUUGGUUUGGCUACGUGAAGCCCGUGCGGGUGUGUCUCCACUGCUACGCUGCCCACGUCAUCCCAGGCUGCUCCUGACAUCUCCGCUCCAGUCACCGGCCUUUGGGGCCAGUGGACAGAACUGCUUCUGCCUGUUUCCAGGCUCUGUGCUGGGGAUCAGGGAGGCCUUGAUAGGGGCUUGCUCCCUCUAGAGCAAGAGGUUGCUGGGAUGGUCAUCCAGGGGGCUGGAUCUGCCCCGGGAAGGAGAACCUUUGGGAAAGAACUCCCCUGCCCUCCUUAGGGUGAGGGGGGGGCUCUUGGGGCCCUGGAUUAUGGGUCUGGGGCACUCUUUUCUCCCCAGCCUUGAAAAUUCUCAGGCAUGCUGCUCUCACUGCUCCUGUACAAGCUUUGUGUGCACACUAUGAGUGAUCAAGAUCACUUCUCUCUCCUUUUGUUCCUUUCUAUUGGGACCUCUUAGAAUAGAUUUGAACUUACCUUUUAGCCCUUCUCAUCUCUGUUCAUGCCUUUUAGAGGCCUAGAGUCUGGGCCAGAAGGGGCACCCUGGUGAGUAUGGAUAGGUGUUUAUAUACCUAUGUCUGCGUGAGUGAUAAGGAGGAGAGCAGAGAAGUCAGGGGCCUCUUCUCACUUUAUGAAAACUUUCUUAUUGUAGCCAAUCUGGGCUUGUAAAUACCUGAUUUAUCCCAUCUGUGCCUGCCUUCCUGGUGGGAGUAAGGGCCAAGGGAGUUAUGGUUCCUAUUGCUCACAGGUGUAUUUUUGUUUAAUUAAAGACAGAGAUUCUUCAAA